UGGUUAAUUUGGCUUUGGGUUUGCAGGAACAUUUUACAGAGAUUUUGUUUAAUAAAACACCGAUGUAACGGGCAAGACCAAAGACGAAGAACUUUCCGGAAAGAAUUUACUUAACAAAUGGCGCUUUUACAUUGUUACAACAAAGGAUGUGCGUCAAAAUUUGAUCCAGCAAACAAUCCAGCAGAUGGCUGCAAGUUCCAUCCUGGGGUUCCUGUGUUCCACGACGCCAUGAAGGGAUGGUCUUGUUGUAAAAAACGUAGCACUGACUUCACUGAAUUUCUCAACACACCUGGCUGUACCACAGGGCCACACAGCAAUGAGAAGCCAGCAGAACCAGAGAAGAUAACGCCAGUUGUUGACAUACCAGACACACAGCAGGAAGAAAAGGAGAAAGAAGGGAAACCUCAGAUGAUGAAGCAGAAGAUUGAGGUGGGUGAGGUGGAGCGACCCCCUGUGGACGAACCAAUUACACGCCUUCCUGUCUCUGUCGCACCCUCCCUGGAGAAGGCCUUCGAGAAGGCUCUUCAGCAAAUGACCCUACAGGCUGCAGAUACCACAAACACUGGUAAUGGGGAAACAGAAGUGAAAGUUGGGACCCAAUGUAAAAAUACCGGCUGUCAGGCGAUUUAUAAAGCACCAGAGAGUAACUCAGAGAAGUGUGAAUAUCACCCUGGAACAGCCAUCUUUCAUGAAGGAAUGAAAUACUGGUCGUGUUGUCAAAGGAAGACUUCAGAUUUCACAAACUUUCUGGCCCAGGAAGGCUGUGCCUCGGGAAAACAUCUCUGGAUCAAACCAGAGAUUGAAGACACCAAGAAGAACUGCAGAAUGGACUGGUUUCAGACAGGACCAAAUAUCAACAUCUCCGUUUUCUCCAAACUUCCGGCCCCCGAUCAGACGUAUGUGGAGGUGAACCGUAUCACUUGUCAUAUACACAUCACAUUUGAGGGCGGCAAGAGCAUCUUCAAUCAGACUCUUAUUCUCAGAAAUGCCAUCAUUCCUGGGCAGAGCAGUGUGAAGCUUCUGGGUACAAAGGUUGAAAUCAUGUUGCGGAAAGCUGAGGCCUUCAGCUGGCCUUCUUUGGAAUACAAGGAACCCUCUAGUUGACACCUUGGCAUUUGUAAAACUUCACCAUGGUUUUGUCUUUCUUUUUUGUAUACUACAUGUUUUUGCCCGAAGAUAAGCCAGACAUUAGCAAUACAUGCCUUGUGUUACAUUAAUGUUUUGUCUUUCCAGUAAUAUUUCCAUGAGUAAUACCUAAUAAUACCUAAUCACAUCAUUAACACCGUUACUGGAAAUAAACUAUCCACAUUGUGCCCAGGAUCACCUACAGCUGCUGUCUUCAUAUAGGCAACCAAUGAUGCAGUCAUUCUGUCUAAAUGCUUUUGAUUCAGUAUCUAAUAGCAGCUUAUGUUUCCUAUAACAGUAUUAUAUUUUGAUACAAAAAUAAGUGCAGGUGAUCCUUGGCAAAAUAAGAGUAGUUUACCUGCCAGAUAUCAAAAGUUUUAAUCUUGUGUUUCAAGUACAAUCAGUGAUAUACAUAUGUCAGAAGAACUUAGUCUCAAGUAAAAUCCAGAGUAUAGUGUCCUUUACCAGAACAGUUUCAAUGUUAAUUUAGAAAAUAAUUGGACAUAAUUCAUAGUAAAUAAAAUGUUAAUGUUAAUUUUGAAAAUAAUUGGACAUAAUUCAUAGUAAAUAAAAUCAUUGAUAGAUUUUUCAUACAGGAAUACAUGAUUGUAUAUGAUUAAAUACAUUUUUGUCAAUAAAAAUGUGAUGCACGAGUUA